CACCAGAUGGUUUCUUUUCACUGAGCUGUCGCAGGAGGGCAAGGAGCUCUGUCUGUCUGCGAGACAAGUCAGCUGCAUGCUAUAAUCUUGGGAGCAUCAACAGAAAUUUGUGAACAGUGCAAAGAAAAUAGGGACUAUCUGGGACAAAUUGUCCUGAGCUGAGCCACUUCUAAAUUCUCUGUUCUCGUGAGGACAACCAGAAAGGAGCUACAGGUGUUCCAGAGCUGUUCCCUGGACUAAGAUUAUCUAAGGACCAGAGUGUGCUGGCACGGCUGCCUUUUACCUCCCGUGCUCCUGGAGCUGGAGGUCCCUUCUCCAGGCUGAUUCUGAGCAACUUCCUUCCCCUCAGCAUUCAUGAGAGGCAACCGAGCGUGAGCAGUGCCAUUCCCAGCUGCAGUGUGGAGGGAUGGCAACACCAUUUUCCAGUCAUGUCCAGUAGUGUGUGGGAGAUUAAAGCGAUGCAGAUGGUGGUAUGAAGGAGAGAACAAUGAAAGGACCAAGAAGAGCUUGAAGAAAUGCAGAGGGACUUGCAUCACAGCUUGCGACUACGCACCAUUUCCUUUGCCCUCUGUUACUGCAGUGCUGAUUCCUUUCACUGAAGAUGAUUCAGACAUGGGCAGUUCAGGCUGCAGUCCUUUUCUUGAUGAUCCACCUGAUUGGAGGGUCAGCUUAUAGAAGGGUGAAUGUGGAGGCUGGCCAUGAGGCUGUGUUGGAUUGUCCAUCAGUGUCCAAGCUGUCUUUGCUAAUGGUGACAUGGAAGAUAAAAUCCAGCACUUCCUGCUUUUUCGCUUAUAGAAGGGAUUUCAAUGAGUCAAGAAUGUUGAACUGCAGUGAGAGGAUGAUGUGGAAAUACUCACCUGACCACGACCUAGCUCUACGUAUUUACCCUGUGAACCUGAAUGACGAGGGAAAUUACUCCUGUGAAAUUGUCAGCAGUGAGGGGAAUUUUCUUUUUUCUUUUCUCUUCCCUCCUACAUUGUCUCUGACCUCUGACAAGAACGGAGUGGCUGUUUGCCAAGCUACUGCUGGAAAACCAGCUGCCAAAAUCUCCUGGAUCCCUGCAAGUAAUCACAGUGUUGAGAAAGAUGUCCACCACCUCAACGGAACAGUGACCAGGGUCAGCUACAUAAGCUGGGUUAACACCACACAUCCUAAUGUCACCUGCCUGGUUACCCACCCAGCUGUGAACCAGACUCUCUCCCUAGAUCUGUCAGAUGAUUCCUCCAGGCUCCAAUAUCUCCAGAUUGGACUUCCUGCAAGUCUUGCUGUUGUCUGUGGUGCUGGAGUGACAUUAUGUUUGAUUUUAAGGUGCAGAGGUAAGUCAUUUGAUGAACUUGAAAUAUUUUACGUUCCAUUGCAGGCUAAGUGUGGGUACUAAGAUAUGUAUCUUAUGGCUGAGAGUGGGUUGGGGGGUGAGGAUUGAGGAAAAUGUUGAUA